UCAUUACUCGCGGCGAGAUCAACAAAACAGCGUGUUUUGAGGCCAAUUCCGGCAUCUGAAAAUGGAGUUUAUGCUCAGAUUGUACCUUCUGCUCUUCGUGGCAUCAUCACUGAUGGCGGUGAUGCAUCCUUACUGUAUGAUUAAGAAGGAGGAAGAAGCUUGUUUGGAGAAGAUCCAGAGGUAUGAGCUGGAGAUGUGGAAUGAUUCUAUGCCGGGCUGCCCAGGAAUGUGGGAUAACAUAACAUGCUGGAUGCCAGCUGUGGUCGGCAAAGUGGCCUACAUGCGCUGCCCGGCGUGGUUCAGCAUGAUCGACUCCGAAGACG